AUGACGACCUCACCAUGUAUGGCCAUUUCCCCUGUGAUGACUCCAGAUGUGGCCACUGCAGAUGUGGACACCCCAGAUGUGGCCACUGCAGAUGUGGCUGCCCCAGAUGUGGCCACCUCACAUGUGGCCACCCCAGUUGUGCCUAGCUCAGCUGUCGCCAGCACGUCGACAGCAGCUGAUGCGAGUGCGAGUGAUAUUGUGUCAAAAAGUGUUCACGCUGUGUCAAGUGCGACAUGUAAAUUUGGCAGUCUUAUCUCGACAUGGUCCGAAUCUGAGAAUCCUGAGUGUGCAGAUAUUUAUCAGAAGUUUAUUACAUUGUAUGAGAUCCAUGAUCGCUACUCUGGUAAGAUAAGUUUACCUGCACCUUUUGCCAAGAAAGUUAGUGAAUGGUCAAAAGGAGACAAGAACUUUGUAAAAAACAUUCAUCACCAGCAUUUGAUCCAUGUGUUCCAUCCACUGACAUCAGAGCAUGUUGUCUACAAUCCAGUACGAGCCAAACGUCCAAUGCCAAUUCCAGAGAUGAAUAUAUUUGAAUGGGUAGACAAAACCAGUGCAGAAACUGCCAAAGAUUGUGAUUUUUGCCAGUAUGAUAACAUGACAGCAGUCGAUGAAUUUGGCAGGUAUGUAUUACAGGUACAAUACAUACCAAUUUUCCAGCACACUUGCUUCCUUGGCUUUGCCAUUUUAUCGAUUUUCCUGGACCAACAGAGGUCACAUAAUAAUUCAACAACACACAUUUCACCCACCAUGGUCUGCUGGAAACUUAAAUUAAAAAUUAUAAAUGAAGUACAGUAG